UGAUUACCAAAGGGYUACGAAACGGCUUCGAUACGAUGAAGUUACGAUAAAGCAAUAUGAUUUUGCAUGCCAGCUGGUGUAACGAUAAGGACAUGAGACUGUAUCUUGCUCGAGCCUUGAAAUGGCUCCCUACUACACAACAUUGAAUUACGAAGCACGAAAUCCCUUUCCGUGCACUCAUACGAAGUCUGCACUCUGAUCACGACACGCAUACGAUAAGGUAACGAUACGGUUUCGACAYAGUUACGAUACGCUUACGAUGCGGUUACGACACAUCCAUGAUAUGAACGACUAUUAAACAUUUCCGUUUCCACUCAAGUCGAAUCGAUUGUAUGAUGACAAGCCGAGGCUAAACCGUCAUACUUCUAAAGAUUCAAUCACCAGCAAGAAUGCGCUGUUCGACGAUUGUGAUAUAUAUAUAACCCAUCAAAGACCCAAACAACACAGAAGUGUGMACAGUCGGUGAUCUAGUGACGACUAAACGCCAAGCAAACGGGAAAGUGACGACACUUUUCUUCAUUCUCUUCUCAACACCUGCAGAAAUGAUCGUAAUUCGAUGAGUGAUGCACGAAGGGCGAUUUCCUCUCAGCCUGCUAAAGUCACGUUAUUGAUACUAUAUACUUGUCGCGUGAGUAGACUUCUGUCUUUGAUAACAUCAACAGACUAAUCGUUUAGGCGUCCGACGAUCAUAACCCUAAGUCAAGAAGCUUUUAAACUCAAGAGGAUUUGCACUCAAGCUUCUUCACAGCAAAUCGGAAUUACUUAGUUAGAAUGGAGCAAGSCAACAAUACCACUGACGCAACUGMAAGGCUCGCGCCGCUCGAAUCGAGCAGUCAGAAAAUCCAACUGGCCGUGUAUGUGUUCACAUUCCUUCUUGGCUCGGUGGGWAACAUCUUGGUUCUCGUUAUAGUCAAGGGAAAGCGAUCACGACGGACUGUCAACGAUCUAUACAUCAUGAAUCUAGCUCUGUCAGAUUUAUUGUUCAUCGCAUUUCUACCWCUGUAUGUAUAUACUAUGUUAGAUCCUAUAGAGUUCGCGACCGGUACGUGCAAGUUUGUCACUCUCAUGACAAUGACGUACUUUCUYAGUGUCUAUACUCUCACUUUCAUGGCAGUUCACCGCUGUUAUGUCAUCUUAAAUCCCUUCAAACCUGAGAUGAGGCAUCGUACAGCGUAUAUUACCAUAGCUAUUAUCUGGAUAAUAUCUUUCAUCUUCAUUACUCCGUUAAUGGUAGUUAAUAAUAGCUUUUCACCCCACCCUGGGUGYGUAGAAUCCGGCUGGCCAUCAAAGAAUCAUAAACGCGCUUACACAACAUCUCUCGUGGUUCUGCAGUACGUACUCCCCCUGACUAUCAUCAGUGUGGCCUACAUUCGCAUCAUUAUUGACCUUAAUCGUGGUAGCGCGUCUAAAUUUGAACGACAUACACAAGCUCAUCACCAAUUUCGUAAAGAGAAUCUCCAGAUAGUGAAGACAUUGGCAACUAUUGUCAUACUMUUUGCUGUAUGUCUCCUACCAGGACAGAUCUUCUGGAUGCUCGUUGAUUUCGGAGUCAGUGUGAGUGAUUUAUUUUACAGCGUCACYAUUAUUCUSUCGGCUUUACAUAGCUGCUUGAAUCCGAUUGUUUACGGAACUGUCACGAAGCAAUUCCGACGAGAUUACAUGCGUUACUUGUCGUACGUGUUUCCGUGUUGUCGUGACAAAUGGCGAUAUACAGAUAAUCAUCACACUGGACUCAAUUCACAGCUCAUUAAUACAGCAACAACCAAAAUAGACAACAAUAACGGCAAGCUACAGAGAAAUGGAAUGACAACAGUCUAGAUCACGUGUGUAAAAUACUUUUGGGACGUCAUUCUCUCGCAUAGGACGUCAUUUAGAUAUUUUUGACUUUUAAUACUAAAUUAUUAAUGAUAACUUUUAGGUUAAAGCAACAAUUUUGGAAAAAAUUACAGGACUAUCGAGCAAUAUUCCAAGAAUUUAAUCGAUAUCGUGCAUCUCUGAAUUGGCAAACAUUUUGUGUAAAUAAGGAUGAAUGCAGUUAUGCAUAUUGUAUAUAGUCUAUAGGUGGAUCAAUUUUCAUCAAAAAUGGGUGUUUAUAACGCACUGUUUCCCUGUAUUGGCAGUAAAAAUUAUGAAGAAUAGCUCAUCUGUAUAACUUUUAACUUUUUUCCAAUGUGGGCGCCAUCUUGAAUUCAAGAUAUUKGGAAUUUUACAUAGCAUUUGAUACUGUCGUAUUAUGCCCUGAAUUCUAGACCUUCUAGGAAUUUCCUUAUUGAUUAAUGUCAMUUGGAAAUAAAAUGAUUCCAGAAAAUUAUGAAUUCAAGAUUGCGGCUGCUUCUGUAAGUGCUGGUCACGURCUCAUGUAUYUKUUCCUGAUGGRAUUAUAGUCGCAUUCCACUAACCAAAUAUUUAAAGCAAAUGACAGUAGGGCAGCAUUGGCUAUCCCUCAGGAUAUAACACCAACAAAAACACGCGAGCCGUUAGCUCCAUUUUGYAUAAAUUCGACCUCAAUCAAGCUAUCAUUUAAUGAUCUGUAAUGGGGAUACCUCUAGAAUACGACCGGACACCUAAGGCAAUACUAGUAACGGGCACCUUGGGGACUUUCAUUAUACCGACAUCUUUGUAAUAGAGAUACUGUCCAUUGGUCAUUUUAUAACAGGGAUAGUAAACCUCAAUACAAAAUGACCGACGCUUAUUUGCAUAAUUGUUUUACAAGCUGGUACAAURUGACCCCUUGAACAUGAAAAUAAAUGAUGCUUCAAUUAGAAAGGUAUAUAGAAGUGUACGAGAAAAUUUUACAGAGAAAUGUAUGGAAUACAGAUAAAAUAAGCAGUUUAAAAAAUGAUAUCUCUACGGAUUUUCAUUGGGAAAUUGCUAGUUUACACAGAUUGUAAGUAAAAAAGAUACUUGAGAUCUUAGGGGUCAUUUUGUUGGAAAAAAAUAAUUUGCGGCCAUUUUGGAGAAAARUCUAUUUAUGAUUGACCUGUAUCAUAAUCAUCUUUAUACUAUUGGUACUUCUAUAAUCUUCUGUAACACCCGACUCUUGUUCCAAUACUAAUACCAAGAGCGGAAACAAGAAGGGUGGAUUAGGGUGGCUGGCCACUCGCUCUUUCUAGUAUUCCAAAAAAAAAUAAAAGAAAAAAAAAACAUUCUAACACUAAUUACGAUAAGUGAAUUAAGUAAAUAAAAAACACAAAUCUGAAUUGGACUCGUUCUGGAAAACAACGAAAGCAGCGUUAAUCUGAAAGAAAUUUCAUUAUUUCCCCCAACACUAAAUCUCUAUAGCCCCUUAUUAACACUAAAUCUCUAUAGCCCCUUAUUAACACUAAAUCUCUAUAGCCCCUUAUUAUGUACUGGAUCUGUCACUAGCUUCUAUAUAACAUAUAUAUAGUGAGAUAGGAUAUACUUUUUUAAUACAGACACGCGGACCAAUAGUCAUUAUACCUGCUCUUAAAGUUUCUAUAUCUAUGGGCGUCUUAGUUAUGAACACAUCUCUGUACACAAAUGUAUUUAAUGCCAGCACAAUAACCUCUGAAUAAGGUAAAAUAAAAUACAAGAAUAAUAGUUUGUAGAGUAAUUUGUACAGUAAAUUAUUAUAAAUUUGUAAAUGUGUCUUUUUGGAAAUAAAGUCAUAUAAGUUGGGACGAAAUCCCGUUCCUUAA